AUGAAAUCAACAAGGAUGAGAAAUUGCAAGAGACCUCGCGUGAAUCAUGAGAGAGAGUUUUAUCAAACUCCGACGAAUUGUUGGCCGGAGGAGAAGAUUCAACGAGUUUGGGAGUUCGUGAAGAAACUGAAAACGACGUCGGAUGGUCAGAGAAUCUUCCACCAGUGUGUCGUUGCGAUGAAGUCUUAUCUAUCUGGUUCUUUAACCUACAUGGACGCCAAACAAAGAGUCUUCUCCAUCCUCCGUAACGGAGAAAGUUUGCUCGAGGAGUUUCAUCAGCUUUUGUCGGAUUUAGCUUCUCUUGAAAGUAACUCAACCAAAGAGAACGCGAAAUCAGACGUGGUACGCACGGUUGAGUUUUUGAACAAAGUCGAAGCUUUAGGCGAAGGUGUGUACAAAGCGUUUAUCGGUGCGUUAGCGUUUCCCGGUGAUAUCGACGCUCUGGUUGAACAACUCGAAGAUAUUUUAGGCGAUGACGCGUCUCUGAAAGAGGAGUUUAAAACGUUCUUAAUCGAUUCCCGUUUACUCAAAAAACCGAAACGCGAUUCUGAGGCGGCGGCUACACCGGUUACAGAGGAUGAUGAUUGGUCCAGGGACAAGAUUACCGAAGGUUGCAGACAUGUGACGCCAUCGUAUUGGAUUAGGCCUGAUGCUGAAGAGGGAUCUUCCUCUGACGAGGUUUUAAACGGGAGAUACUUUUCGGUUGGUCAGUACGAUCCGGAGAAAGUAACCAAGAAGAAGAUCACACGGCCUAGGAGCCAUGUGGAAAUUAAUAAGGAAGAUGAUAAAUUGCUCGAGGAGGACCGACUCUUGGAAACCCUGACAAAGGUUAUUAAGUUUGGGAAGAAUGACUUGUGUAACAAGGAAACCUGUGAGAUGCCGCCGGUAGGGUUUGAGGAAUUCAUACAGUGGUUUUCUAAAGGUAGGAAGGUGCCAGAAAUGUUAAAGACGGAUCCUAGACGUGGGUUACAAGAUAUUUUACCUAGGUUGGAGAGUAUGGAGAAGAAGAUGAGAAAUGCGAAAGAUAGUAAGAUGCAAAGUACCUAUAAUCGUGUGAAUUCGACCAAGAGGAUAAACGUGAACAAGUAA